GCGGCCCGGGCCGGCGCGGCGAGCGGCGCGGCGGAUGGAGAGUCUGGCCGCGGCCGGCGGCGCCGCCUCCUCGUCGGGCCGGGCACGGCGGGCCGGGGCCUUUGUGUGAGGCGGCGGUGGCGAUGGUGCUCGGGCCCCGCGGAGCCGGGUGAACCGUGCUGAUACAGAGGCAACUUCACAGGAGCUGCUAAGAUGGGCAUGAGGAUCAAACUGCAAAGCACCAACCACCCCAACAACCUGCUGAAGGAACUCAACAAGUGCCGGCUCUCGGAGACCAUGUGCGAUGUCACCAUUGUGGUGGGGAGCCGCUCCUUCCCGGCCCACAAAGCCGUGCUGGCCUGUGCAGCUGGCUACUUCCAGAACCUCUUCCUGAACACUGGGCUCGAUGCCGCCAGGACCUAUGUGGUGGACUUCAUCACCCCUGCCAACUUUGAGAAGAUUCUGAGCUUUGUCUAUACAUCAGAGCUCUUCACAGACCUGAUCAAUGUUGGGGUCAUCUACGAGGUGGCCGAGCGCCUGGGUAUGGAGGAUCUCCUUCGGGCCUGCCACUCCACCUUUCCUGACCUGGAGAGCACGGCCGUGGCCAAGCCCCUGACCGGCGCCAGUGAGAGCCACUCUGGCGCCCAGAGUUGUAGCUCGGCAGAACCUACCUAUCCCCUUGGAGACCUCCGGGCUGGUGGGGAGCAUUUCGGUCCUGAUAGGAACUACGUGUUACCUAAUGAUGCUGGAGGAAGCUGUAAAGACGAAGAGAGAAAUGUUACCGGUGACACUAACCAUAGCCUGCCUCUGCCACAGCAGCCACUGCCGCCAAAGACAGAAGACCAUGAUGCUCCUGCUCCUUUCACUUCCGUCCCCAGGAUGGCGACUCCGCCAGGCCUAGGCACUGUCAGCAUGGGCAUCCAAACCAGCACCAGCUGCUGCCAGCCAUACAAAGUUCAGAGCAAUGGAGACUUCAGUAAAAACAGUUUCUUCACCACUGACAAUGCAAUUGACAUGACCACUGGGACCAACUCCUGUCUGAGCAAUAGCGACCACUCCAAAGAUCCAGGCUUUGGGCAGAUGGAUGAGCUCCAGCUGGAGGACCUGGGGGAUGGUGACUUGCCGUUUGAAGACCCCACUGAGGAGACAGGCACGGCCGAGGAGGUGAUUGAGUUGAGUGACGACAGUGAGGAUGAGCUGACUUUUGGAGAGAGUGACAGCCGAGAGAAUAAGGCCAUGCCCUGCCAGGUGUGCAAGAAAGUUCUAGAGCCCAACAUUCAGCUGAUCCGACAGCAUGCUCGGGACCACGUGGACCUGCUGACAGGCAACUGCAAGGUCUGUGAGACCCACUUCCAGGACCGAAACUCCCGGGUGACCCACGUUCUGUCCCACAUUGGUAUUUUCCUCUUCUCCUGCGACAUGUGUGAAACUAAAUUCUUUACGCAGUGGCAGCUGACCCUCCACCGACGGGAUGGGAUAUUUGAGAACAACAUUAUUGUCCACCCCAAUGAUCCCCUGUCUGGGAAGCUGGGUUUGUUUUCAGGGACAGCCUCCGCGGAGUUGAAAUGCGCUGCCUGUGGGAAGGCACUGGCCAAAGAUUUCCACGUGGUCCGGGGGCACAUCCUGGACCAUCUAAACCUGAAGGGCCAGGCCUGUAGCGUCUGUGACCAGCGCCACCUCAACCUCUGCAGCCUCAUGUGGCACACGCUGUCCCAUCUCGGCAUUUCAGUCUUCUCCUGCUCUGUCUGUGCGAACAGCUUUGUGGACUGGCAUCUCCUAGAGAAGCACAUGGCCGUGCACCAAAGCCUGGAAGACGCCCUCUUCCGCUGCCACUUGUGCAGCCAGAGCUUUAAGUCGGAGGCCGCCUAUCGCUACCAUGUCAGCCAGCACAAGUGCAACAGUGGCCUUGACGCCCGUCCUGGCUUUGGGCUGCAGCACCCAGCUCUCCAGAAGCGGAAGCUGCCCGCGGAGGAGUUCCUGAGUGAGGAGCUGGCUCUGCAGGGCCAAGCUGGGAAUAGCAAGUAUAGCUGCAAGGUCUGUGGCAAAAGGUUCGCCCACACAAGCGAGUUCAACUACCACCGGCGGAUCCACACGGGCGAGAAGCCGUACCAGUGUAAGGUGUGCCACAAGUUCUUCCGAGGCCGCUCGACCAUCAAGUGCCACCUGAAGACGCACUCGGGGGCCCUCAUGUACCGCUGCACGGUCUGUGGCCACUACAGCUCCACCCUUAACCUCAUGAGCAAGCACGUCGGCGUGCACAAAGGCAGCCUCCCGCCCGACUUCACCAUCGAACAGACCUUCAUGUACAUUAUCCAUUCCAAAGAGGCAGAAAAGAACCCGGACAGCUGACUGGGUCCCAGCGGAGCUAGGGGGAGCUCCCAGGCGGCAGCCAGGACAUUGAUUUUCUAGUGGCUGUUGGUCCCUCUCCAGCCAGAGUUUCAGUUUGGCCUUGCUAGGAAUUCUGUUCUGUCCUGUGUUUAAAGAAGAAACGAAGAAGAAAGAGCACACGAGCUGUUACUGUAUUUGAGAAGCGACGGCCCUAUCAUGUUUACCUCCUUACCUGUUCUUGCCCAGGAAGGGCUGUGUUUUUUGAUUCUUUUGAGGCCGGUUUGGGGAUCUGGUCAGGCAGUUGGCGUCAACUAGAUCCUCUCUCCGAGCCUCUCAAGUUUUAGUUUACUGAUAGGUUUUAUGCUGCUAACAAUCCAACCAACGGCCUCACUGAAUAGAGGAGGUGGAGAGAGGGCUUUUCACUGUGGGUGUUAGUACCAGAUUUCCAACUGGGACGCCCAGCUGUGAGAGAGAUUUUGGAAAUGUGGUCGUUCGGAAAAGACUAGUCAGCAGGGCAGCUCACCUCAGGUUCCCGGCCCAGCCCUCAGCAGGGAAAAGGCAGAUGGGAUGGAGGUGCCUGCUUGUUGCGACACUCUAAUCUGCUGAUGGGACAGUAAAAUCUUUUGGCAGCUAGAUCCAAACUGGGGACAAAGCUUUCUAUUUAGGUCAGAACGCUUUGGGAUGAAUCCUUGCCAGUCAGAAGAGGUGGCCUGCGGUGCCGCCAGAAGUGGCAGCCGGGAUGGACAGGAAGGGAGGUUUCUCCUUUCUCCUCAAUUCCAAAGAAAUACGGUUUUAUGGAGUUAUAGCCCAGGUUGCUAGGCCUUCCCUGUGGGGUAAAGAGGACAAGGAGCCACUUUGAUACAGUCACCUGUCAUCUGGCAGCCUCCGUCGAGCUUGAGUUUCCUGGUGGAGAGGUGGGGAUGUCUCUGACAGCAGCAGCCUUGCCUUAAUUUACAUCCAGUCUCCCACCUAGAAGUGUGUUUGACCUGUGGUGUAGAUGAGAAGACCCCAUGAGGUGGCAGAGUGAUGGACUGUGAGCCCUUCAGGAUUGAAGGGACCUGGGUAACGUGGUGUGUAGCGGGAUGUGCGCUCUGUCUGUCCCAGUCGCGUAACCCGUUGUUUACUUUGUACACUAACUGGCCGGGAGCCUUGGCAGCUCACCUUUGACCUGCUGGAAUUUGUCCUGAUCUGUCAUUGCAUUGCCACCAGGGGGCGCUAUUGGAGGGCAGCUGGUUUAGGCCCUCCCUGGGUGGCUGUGAUGGAGUCUGCCCAGUCCUUGGGGCUGGUUGGCUCCGUUCUCAGUGGCUUUUGAGGGGUUUCUGCCCAAAGAAGGCUUGAGGGAGAGGGCCCUCGGAUCUCGCAUAUUCACAAGGUAGCACCUCAGUAACUCAUACUACCUCACCCUGCUCAGGCGAGCUCUGGGAGUCCCUGGCCGAGGCCCUGACACUGCCCUUGGUGGGACUCAGCCGCACCCCGGGCUGUUUCACAAGCAAGUGGUUUUAAUUCACUCACAGAGCCUUUUUGGACAAUAAUAUUUAUUUAUUUUUGCUUUUAUAUACAUAUUAUCCAGCAUCUCUUUUGGAUUAGUGACUUCAGGAAAAUGAGUUUCUCUCCAGCAAGUAGCCAUAUUCCAGGGGACAAUCCUGGCCAGAGAUUUGGGAAACGGGCUAGAAUAGGGGAGAAGGUGUCAAGCCUUUAAACAAGCAAAUUCUUUUCUUUCUCUCCACAUGGUCUCUUGCAUUACCUUUUAGAUAAUGGAUGUAAGUUCUAGAAAUUUGGGGCCUAUUAAAUUCCUAGGCCUUUUAUCCCUCUUCCUUCCUGUGAUUGAGUAGAUUGGGGAUUGUGUUGAGGGUAACAAGUUAUAUGAAGGACCAUUUUGCACAUUUUCUCAUCCUUCCUCUAUGUUAAGAUAUACAGGCAAGCCAAAGCUCCGUCCUUAUUGGACUUGCUGUCUCUCUCCCUAGCCCUAAGUUGAUAAAGCCUCCCAGUUAGGGUGCAUGACUCUCUGGUGGGGUGACUGUUACACGAAGAGAUUUGUACAGUGGCCACUUUUGCCAUCUAAACCCAACUUGUUACCUGUUGCCUCAGGUCAUUCUUGUCAGGAGAGCAGUGCUGAGACUUUUUUUUUUUUUUUUAAAGUUUAUUUAUUUUGAGAGAGUACAGUACAAGCAGGGGAGGGGCAGCGAGAGGGAGAGACAGAAUCCCAAGCAGUCUCCGUGCUGUCGGCACAGAGCCCAAGGCGGGGCUCAAACCCACGAACCGGGAGAUCGUGACCGGAGCUGAGAUCAAGAGCCGGACGCUCAACUGACAGCCACCCAGGUGCCCCAGUGCUGAGAUUUUUCACCCCUGGUUGGCUUCUCCCUUUCUUCCCCAUGCUGACCAUUAGAAAUUUAAGGAGAACGUGCAAAAGGCUACCGUCUAGUGUCUGCUAAGCUUUUCAAGGCUGGGUAAUUCCCAGACUGUUGAUGAGGACUGAUUUUUGAAUGGUCAGAUUUGAGAGAGGUGGUACUUACUGGAACCCAGCCAGGUAGCUGAGAAUGGAUCAGUGUGCUGGAGAAACCCUUUUCCUUAACGGAGGGCAUCGUGGAUGCUGGGUAGUCUGUAUACUUAACCUGAAACUGUGAAGUUUUCCCUUUUUGCCAGUAAACCAAAAAGCAAAUCCUUGAAACUUUGCCCCUGAAACACUAAACAAAAAACUGCAUUCCCUGAUCCUCCUGAGUCAAGUGGUUGAUCAGGGUGGCCCGGUUGGCUGCAGUUAGACAUGUAGCAGGGUCAGUAGCUCAUGAGGCUCACUGACCAAACCCUGUUCCUCUGCUUGUCCCCAUAUUCACACCUGACCCCUCCCUCUGUUUGGACUCAUGUUUGCUGCCUCCAGUUCACUCUUUUCUGAACUGUUUUACUUGAAACUCUCUAUUGUGGCAGAGGGCAUCUGGGAUACCUGGUUGAAGGUAUUCAUUUUCUUUUGAGUUUUUUUAUUUUUUUUCAACCUUCUGUUCAUUUGAUUUUGUUGCCCCCAUGCCCCCGCCUUCCCCACCGCCCCCCCCUUCCCCACCUUGGAGCCCAGUUUAGCAGUCUGCUGUAUUGUUCUGAGGUUCUCUUUGACCCCUGAAUGUCUUUUUUUUUUCUCCCUUUUUCCUUUUUCUUGUUCUGACUCAGGACGAGCUACGUAAUUUGCAGAGCCCUUUGUUUAAAAAUGAAGAAUUUCGAGAUGGCGACUGUAGAGCAUUAAACCAAGCAUGAGGCUAUUCCCAACCUGUUUCUUAAGGGAAAAAGGUAAUACUUGUAUGGCACAUUGGAAGAAACAGCAGAGGCUGCUUGUGGCCAGAGGAAGGGAUCUGUAUCCUGCUUCUCCUGUCACUCAGUGAUGGCUCACUGAUGGCCACAGCACCUGCUGGGAAGCGCUGCUGUAUUUUAGUAUUUGGUCCUAAAUUUUAAGGCCCCAGGGAGUCUCUAUAGUUCAUGGCUAGCUGGAAAAAAAGGAGGUGGGAGUUGGGCCCAUGUGACCUCUAAGAACCAGGAAAUGGGUAAAAGUUCUUUUUGACUUUCUUCCUUUCUGUUCAGCAUCCCUUGGUCUCCAGGACAAACCUUUGGGCUUAAAUACCUUCUCCCCAGUCAGGUUUUGCUACUGAUGAACACUCUUUGUUUUCUGGCCUCUUGCUGUGCCCUAUUCUUGAGACUACUCAUCUUUGGAAGCGAAUUCAAAUCCUUUUAUAGAUGGACACUGAUUUUGUUGGCACGGGAGUGGGCUGUGUGGAGAAGUCUGCCCAUCUGGAGGUCCCCACACAUCCUUUUGCCUCAGUCCUGCACUGAGUGAGUCAGGAAGCACAGGCACACAGCAUUGAUUUCGUUGUGAUCACGCAUCGUAACCUGAACACCCGAAUGGAAAUGAAACUGUUUUGAUUUCGAUGUUUCUUUAACACCCCUCCCCCUGUCCAGUCUGCCCUCCCCUCCCACCUCUGCCAGCGAAAGUCUCUUACGAAACCAAGAAGAGUUGUUGACGUCUAACUUCCUUCCAUUAAAUUAAUAAGUACUGACCUCCUAAUAUUUAAGUGUUUACUAUCUAUUGCUGUAAAGUUUUGUAUAUUUUGUAAACUUCUUUUCCCAAAUAGUAGAUGUCUAAAAUCGUUGUACAUCUGAUUCUUUUAUAUUCCAUUGUUCGGCACAAAGUGUGGUUUUUAUUUAGAAUAAAAAAAAAAAGGAAAUUUGAAA